AUGAAAUUACAUUCUAAAUAUAACUCAAUUCCAGGAGAAUGUUGGUCAGGAAAGGAAGGCGAUGUGACUUAUUAUAGGGAUGGAAAAACCUCAACAUGCGUGAACAAAUGUUAUGAACAAUGCCAUAAUUAUGAUCCAUUUUGUACUGGAAUGGGAUUUACAAAUUUUGUUUAUCGUGUUACUACAACAGGUAUUGUGAUUUGUGUUUUUCGGCUUUUUCUAGGGUUUGCUGCAUGUGCACAAAGGGAUUGAACAAAAUGCAUGGCUAUUUGGAUAAACGUUGAUUGAAGGUUCGGUUUCUGCCAUUCUUUACAUCAAAAGGGGAAACAUGGUUAUUUGAACUAAUUUACUGAUAAUUUCGAUGACUUAGAAAUACAUAUAGGGCAUAUAAACCGACGUGUAGUAAACAUGUUAUAUCAUACUCACCUGAUACAGAUAACGGGGCGUUUUGGCUACUUCAUUUAUCGUUGGCCGAGGCGCAAGUGCAAAUUCAAUAGUACAGUAUCCCCAGUGUCCUCAAGAAUCUAAGUGAAUGCCCCGUUGAUACUUUCCGAUGCCUGUCAAAUACUGGUGUUCUUCUAUUUAUCAAAAGUAAAUUUUGUUAAAACCUUUCUUGACAGAUGUAUGUGAGAUACCUUACCAAGCAGUAGGCUGUUAUAGUGAACCACCUGCUGAACGAGCUCUUAAUGAACUGAUCCUGGAUGAUAUUAACCCAAUAAGCUCAGAGUUCAUGGGCAUUAUCUCAACAGAAUUUACUGACUGGGAGGAAUAUAUGAAGGGACUGAUAUGUCGCUGUGCGAGGAAAAUCAAGGAGAAAGGUUAUGUCACUUUCGCCAUCAAUAAUGGAGGUAAGUGAUGGAUGAUAAUGGUGGAUGAUAAAGUCUUGUGAGGGAAACAUUUCAAUUUUUUUGAAAAAGAUAUUAACUAAGCAUGUAGUAAAUAACCCGCAACGAUGGCAACUCCAAAUCAUCCAAAGUACUACUAUUUAACCUUUGCAGAAAGAAAAAUGAAGUUUUAAAACAACUACAGGAAUGGAGCAGGCAGUAUUGUGAUUGCUGUUCAAAGCUCUUACCAAUGAAGCUGUGAUUAUUGAACAUUAUUGAAUAUUAUUGAGAAUAUUUCACAUUCGAGCAUAGAGAGCUAGCUAUGCGUUUAAUUAUGGUUAAAGUGGGACUGUGGGAGUAGAAAUAACAGUUUGAGUUGGGAUUAAUGUUAUGUUAGAAUUAUUUAAGAAUAAUGCGCUGGAGUAGGGGAAUGGUAAUUAAGUUUGCAUUUGUUUUGCCUUCAAUAAUUCUUCAUAUUUCAGUUACAAACAUCCGUUUUUCCAGCUCUAAAAGCUCCACAAUCGUGGAAUUUGCGCUCAUAUCAAGUAAGCUACAAAUAUAGCUGAAAAAACUGACACAAGGCACCACCAGAAUAUUAAACUGUGUAUCUAAAACGGAGACAUGGUACUAACUUCAUCCUGUGGUUUUCAGAUUCCAAAAACGUAGUUUUGCAUGUUUUAUUGCUUUUGCAGUGCGUAUCAGUGGGAGCGUAUAUCAAUUAAUGACUCCUUUAUUAGUGUAAUGCUACAACACAGUAAUUUCAGGAAGGUUGCGCAUUCUAGUUGGAAAAUAUAAGGCUUUAGGCCCUUUUGGAAACCCUGACAAUCGUUGAUGAUUGCAUGAACGUAAGGUGUACUUUUAAGAUUAAUUAAAAUACAGCAUAUAAUGAGCAUAAAGUCCGCAAUUGUCAAAUAGUUUAAUUCUGAAUAAAGUCCAAAGCUCAAAGCGACUCAUUUCAUCAUUUCUGGAAACACCCAACGAUGUUUGCUGCAUGCAGAUCAACGAUGCAGCUACAUUAAGGGUGCAGCGAAAAGACAAUCACUAACCCACUUUUAUUUGGGAAAAAAGUUGACCGUUCCACAUUUGGAAUUCUAGCAAUGUUUGCAACAAGGAGUGAGCUCCCUAUGUUUCCCUAAUUUACAAAAAGUUUGAGAAUAUGUUUGCUGGUCGAAUAUACACGGUUGCCGGACGAACUAGUUCCAUGUAAAUUGGGUAGUAACUGUGAAAAUAAGAGCAGAAUCUCCACAGAAUGGAACCUUUUCAGUACGCUGUUUGCUAGCUUCUUUUCCACUGCAAAUAGAUAGGAAGGUCCUUGAAAUGAAAAUAAUUAGUUGUGCUCACCCAUUUUCCAUGGUGGGAAUUUUCUCUUCUUGUUUUGAGGAUUGUUCUGUAAUAAAAUCAAAACACUGCACAUCCUCCCAUGGAUAGCGUUUCAGUCUUGGAUCGAAAACUUCGAGCGUUUAAAAUAGAAACAUUCGCCUCCAAUCCCUGUUGGCUCGACAGCAGCGAUCGCUAUAGAGCCUGUUAACUUUUACAGUUGACAUUGGCGUGUAACAAUCAUGUUGGAAACAUUCUCUAAUGUUUCUCUGAGAAUGGUUCUGUAAUAAAUGUUUUAACUGUUUUUCAAAGGUAAGUGCUACAGCAGUGCUUCUGCUGACACAAUGUAUGACAUGCAUGGUCCAAGUGAAGAAUGUUACCACAACGCGAAAACACCAUGUUCAUCAAGCACUUGCAGUGGAGGACAGAACACAAACUACGUUUAUAAACUUCAAGAUGAAAACAACACCGUCUGAAGAAUGGCUGUCGUACAGGUAAUCACAUGACUAAUUUUCGUCACUUUUCGGUUAGGCACCUCUAUCUAUAACGUGUUUUUCAACGGGGUGGUUCGAAGGCAACUUCAAAAAUCCAGAUCCAACAGAGCAAACUAACACACGUAUAUAUGUUAUUGACCGUCUGUGAGGUUUGGAUGAGGAAAAACUGUGCCCACGUUUUUGCAAAUGUCCCGAGGUCUGGAUGCGAAAAAUCUGUGCCUGAUUUCCAAGACAGAGGGCACAGUUCUUCUCGUGUUCUAACUAUCGUUAGGGAAAGUUUUUAAAUUUGCUGGGCAGAUUUUUGAGUUUAAAAAUUGUUUCACCUCUCUGUUUUGGAGCAAAAACAAGAGCGGGUUGGUUGAAUGAAAUACAUACCCUGUAACAAGGGAAUACAUACUGCAGUCUUUUGUCGACAAAAAAAUUAAUGACAGGACUAAAUAUUUUUGUUAAAAGAUUUCCACGCUGCAGCUGCAUGUACAUAAUAUGUGAAACAAAACUCGUAUGCUUCUGCGCUUAAAUUCAAUAUGGCGAUCAGGGUGCCAAGUCUAGAUUUACCAGUACGUUCACUCCUCAGAUAUGGCCAUUAUUCAAUGCUCAAAAAACGUUUCAGGGGCAUGGAUCGAGCAAAGAUAAUGCACAUUUCAGGAGGGGAAUGCCUUUGUACCAGUAAGGGGAUUUUCCGCAAAAAUAUUAUAAAUUUUGGAUGAAAAAACCAUUGCAACCAAAACACCGCAUAACAAGUAACCAUGUAGGGAUGUACCGAUGCUAUGCAGAAUUUUCAAAGGGGGAAAAUGUGUGGGCAGACAUGCGAACGACAUAUGUUGAUGUCGUGGCAAUCGAAUCCGGUAUCGUGUAACCAGAGUUUUUAUAAUCUCAUGAAAGUCAGGGCCACCGAUAUCAAGAAAGGGGAGGGCCUGAGGAGAAGUUAAGCCUGAUAGACAACAAUCUCGUUCCCCGAGCCUGUGAUCCUCGGGAAUGCACGUGAAGCUCUGGGAUAAUCCGUUGCCGGAAGCCAGGAAUUCUGGCUAAGACUGAACUGCACAUUCCAUAUCAACGGCCAAUCAGAUUCCUCCCUGAAACGGAUUAUCCCAGAGCCUCACGUUUCUUCCCGAGGAUCGCAGGCUCGAGGAACGAGAUUGGAUAGACAAUAGACAUGGUAAUUGUCUGCAGUAUGAUUUGUUUCUUUUUAGGUGCAUCGUUCGUUUUUUGAAUUGAGCUGCGUAUAUAAUGUAUAAUUGAUAAUUUAGUGUAAAAGUGACUAUAUAACAGUCACAAAUAGCGUUUAUUUCAAAUUCUGAAGAAUGAUUCUUAAUAUGAUUCAAGUAAUUGCAUGUAAAACGAUUAAAAUAAUUGAAUACAUAUUUCAACCAAUGUAAUUAAUACAAUCAGUAUAAAAUGUACUAUGUAUAUCGCAAAUAAAGGAGCACAC